UUUGAAAACGAGAGAGAGCGAGGAAUGGUGAGACAGAGGUUGCUAAAAAAGGCAGAAGCUGAAACCUGAAAGGCCCUUUGCAAUUUAUUGCCCAAAUACACACAACACAAGUAGCUAAAGCCUAAAGCUUGCUGGCUUCAAUAAAAACUUGGGAUCCUCAACAACCCGCUUUCUCCCCCUUUUGUGAAGUAGCAUUCGACCACUUCCAGUAACUUGUAGACAAGGAUCAGCACCAGAACUGAUGCAAACCGUUUGAUUCACUUUCUCUCGUCACCGUCUGAUCAUUUUCAUUUCUUUUUUCUCUCUCUCUCUCUAAUCAAUGGGAGCCCGCUGCUCCAAAUUCUCUCUCUGCUGGUUCCAGUCCCACCUUAAGGCUUCAGUCCUCGAAUCCUCCGAUCUCGAGAAUGGGGGCAAAAGUGACAGAAAUGCAUUCCCGAGUUUCACCGAGUUCAGUUUCGAACAACUGAAAGCAGCCACGUCUGGGUUCUCUUCGGACAACAUAGUAUCGGAACAUGGUGAAAAAGCUCCGAACGUUGUUUACAAAGGGAAACUAGACAAUGACCGUUGGAUCGCCGUUAAACGAUUUAACCGACUCGCCUGGCCUGAUUCUCGCCAAUUCCUCGAGGAAGCGAGAACAGUGGGGAGUUUGAGGAGUGAGAGAUUGGCGAAUUUGAUAGGAUGUUGCUGUGAAGGAGAGGAGAGGCUGCUAGUUGCUGAGUUUAUGCCUCAUGAAACCCUUGCUAAGCAUCUUUUUCACUGGGAGAGCCAGCCCAUGAAAUGGGCAAUGAGGUUGAGGGUAGCCCUGUACUUGGCACAAGCUCUGGAAUACUGUUGCAGCAAAGGAAGGGCGUUGUAUCAUGAUCUCAAUGCCUACAGGAUCUUAUUUGAUAAGGAUGGUAAUCCUAGGCUAUCUUGCUUUGGCCUCAUGAAGAAUAGUCGUGAUGGCAAAAGUUACAGCACAAAUUUGGCUUUCACCCCGCCAGAGUACUUGAGAACUGGUAGAGUGACGCCUGAAAGUGUAGUUUACAGCUUUGGAACCUUGUUGUUAGAUCUUCUGAGUGGCAAACAUAUUCCUCCAAGUCAUGCACUUGACCUGAUUCGUGGCAAAAAUUUCCUGAUGUUGAUGGAUUCUGCUCUAGAAGGCCAUUUUUCAAAAGAUGAUGGAACAGAGUUGGUUAGAUUAGCUUCCCGUUGUUUGCAGUAUGAAGCUCGUGAGAGGCCAAAUGCUAAAUCCCUUGUCACUGCACUUUUGUCACUUCAAAAAGAAACAGAGGUCCCGUCAUAUGUUUUAAUGGGCAUCCGACAAGAAACUGCAUCAUCAACUCAGCCAUUAUCAUUGACUCCUUUUGGUGAGGCAUGCUUGAGAACGGAUCUCACUGCUAUACAUGAAAUACUGGAAAAGAUUGGAUACAAGGACGAUGAGGGGAUUGCCAAUGAGCUUUCUUUCCAAAUGUGGACUAAUCAAAUGCAAGAGACCCUGAAUUCUAAGAAGCAUGGAGAUACUGCUUUUCGAGCAAAGGAUUUUGCGACUGCCAUUGAUUGCUACACUCAAUUCAUCGAUGGCGGAACCAUGGUGUCACCAACUGUAUAUGCUAGGCGUUGCUUAUCUUACUUAAUGAAUGACAUGCCACAAGAAGCUCUAGGGGAUGCUAUGCAAGCCCAAGUGGUGUCUCCUGAGUGGUCCACUGCCUCGUACCUCCAAGCAGCUUGCCUUUUCAGACUUGGAAUGGAGACUGAUGCACAAGAAACACUCAAAGAUGGCACAAACUUGGAAGCCAAAAGAAACAAAAACUGAAAGUGUAUAGGUCUUUUUUUUAUUUACUAUUUUGGUAAUUUUGUGUAGGCUCAUGUAUGUAUUCUUGCUUCUCAUUUUCUACAUCCAUAUUUUGACCUUGUGUCAAACUUACAGUAUUCUUCAAUUAUUUUUGUUUGAGUGGAUAAAUUAUGCUUCUGCAGUUCAGUUCUUUAA